GGGGAAGCUGCAAGGAGCCGAGCAGCGAGAGGUUGGCUGUUGGGGCGGAGCCCUCAUCUCCCCUCCCCAGGGUAGAGCCUCUUCCACAAGCCGAGCGGAAGUGGGUGAGUCCCGGAGCUGCGUCCCGCGGUCCCCACCAUGGCUUGGCUGGUGCUGUUAAGUACCGCGCUGUGCAUGCUGCACCUGGGGUCCAGCAACCUGGACUCUGAGGACUUCGUGCCCCGCACAACACAUAACUGCCCUGAGAGAUGCAUCUGCUCCGCAGACCUGCUGAGCUGUGCCGGUCAGGGGCUGCAGGGGGUGCCAACCCCUUUACCCAACACUACUGCAGACCUCGACCUGAGCCACAACGAGCUCCAGCGCCUGCAGCCGGGCUGGCUGGCACCCCUCUACCGGCUGCACACCCUGCGUCUGGGUCACAACAAGCUGGACAUGCUGGGUCGUGGGGUGUUUGCCAAUGCCAGUGGCCUCCGGCUGCUCGAUCUGUCAUCCAACUCCCUUCGCGCAUUGGGCCGCCACGACCUGGAGGGGCUGGGGGCGCUGGAGACCCUGCUGCUGUUCAAUAACAGCCUGGCCCGCCUGCACGAGCGCGCCUUCCACGGCCUGGCCGCGCUCAACUGUCUCUACCUGGGCUACAACGAGCUCUCAUCCUUCUCCUUCCACCACCUGCACGGCCUGGGCACAACGCACCUACGGACCCUGGACCUCUCUUCCAACCGCCUGAGACGCCUCCCUGUGCCUGACCUGGCCGUGCUGCCAGCCUUCCUCAAGAACGGCCUCUACCUGCACGGCAACCCUCUGCUCUGUGACUGCCACCUCUACCACCUGCUGCAGCGCUGGCAGCAGCGGGGACUGAGCGCUGUCACCAGCUUUGCCCGUGAGUACACGUGCCUGGCCUUCAAGGUCCCUGCAUCCGGUGUGCGCUUCUUUGAGCACAGCCGCAUCUUCGAGAACUGCUCGGCUGCCCCCGCCCAUGGUCUGGAGCGGCCCGAAGAGCAGCUGCAGGUGCAGGUGGGGCGGUCUCUGCGGCUGCACUGCAACACCAGUGCCCCCGCCGUGCGCAUUGCCUGGGUCUCCCCUCAGCAAGAGCUGCUCGUGGCGCCGGGAUCCCGCAACGGCAGCAUCUUGGUGCUGGCGGACGGCAGCCUGGCCAUCAGUCACGUGCAGCCGUGGCACGAGGGGGUCUUCGUGUGCUUGGCCACUGGGCCCCUCCUGUACCAUGACCAGACACACGAGUACAACGUGAGCGUGCACUUCCCACACCCCGAGACUGAGGCCUUCAACACGGGCUUCACCACCCUGCUGGGCUGUGUCGUGGGCCUCGUGCUGGUGCUGCUCUACCUCUUCGCACCGCCCUGCCCGGGCUGCCACCGCUGCUACCACCGCACCCGCCGCUGCUGCUGCUGGCCUCGAGCGCCCAGCCCGCUCCAGGAGCUGAGUGCCCAGUCCUCGGUGCUCAGCACCACGCCGCCUGACACGCUCAGCCGGAAGGCCAGUGUCCACAAGCAUGUGGUCUUCCUGGAGCCGGGCAGGAGGGGUCUCAAUGGUCGGGUGCAGCUGGCGGUGGCCGAGGACUUCGAUCUCUACAACCCUGUAGGCCUGCGAUUCAAGGCAGGCUCGGAGUCGGCCAGCUCCACGGGCUCCGAGGCUGUGGUGAUGACCUAGGCCGCCCAGCGCCCCACCUGCCUGCUCCCUGCUCUGCGUCUUCCCUGCUGCCAUCCACAAUAGCUGCCCGAACCGGUGGGAAGUGUUGGCUUGGUCCUCCACCACUGGGUGGGCCUCAGCCACCUGCUCACUGGUGGUAGGGA